AAUAAAGGAGAAUUGGUGAUGGAGGCAUUGUUGGAGGGGAUGCAGAGUCGGGGACAUGGUGGGGGAUUUUUGACAUCCUGUGAAGCAGAACUGCAGGAGCUCAUGAAGCAGAUCGACAUAAUGGUGGCCCAUAAAAAAUCUGAAUGGGAAGGUCAGACACAUGCCCUGGAGGCUUGCUUGGACAUCCGUGAACAGGAACUUAAGGCUCUUAGGAAUCAGUUGGAUAUGAAGCACAAAGAGGUUGGAAUAUUGUGUCAGCAGGUAGAAGAACAUGAGAAGGUCAAGCAAGAAAUGGCCAUGAACUACAAGCGAGAGUUGAUGAAACUACACGAAGAGUUAGACAAACUGAAGAGAAGCUAUGAAAGGCUUCAAAAGAAGCAUGUACGGGAUUCCCGAGGAAGCACCAGGUGUCAGAGGGAGGAUCGGUGUGAAAUUGAGAGGCUGACUAGCAAAAUAGAGGAAUAUCGUCAGAAAUCACUGGACUGGGAGAAACAGCGCCUUAUUUAUCAGCAGCAGAUCGCUUCUCUGGAGGCUCAAAGGAAAGCUCUGGCUGAACAGUCAGAGAUAAUUCAGGCUCAGCUCGCCAACCGGAAGCAGAAGUUAGAGUCCGUGGAGAUGUCCAGCCAGUCGGAAAUCCAGCACCUUAACAGUAAGUUGGAGCGGGCCAAUGACACCAUCUGUGCCAACGAGCUGGAGAUCGAGCGCCUCACCAUGAGGGUCAACGACCUGGUGGGGACCCACAUGACUGUCCUGCAAGAGCAGCGGCGCAAAGAGGAAGAACUGAAGGAAUCAGAAAAACUAUUAGAGAUAUUGCGAGAAGAGAAGAGAGAAUUGAAGGUAACACUUCAGUCUCAAGAAAAUCUGAUCCAUGAAGCCAGAUGUCAAAAGGAGAAGCUGCAGGCAAAAUUAAGAGCCUCUGACACUCAGCACGCAGUAGAGAUCAUUAGGUCUCUGGAGGAACCUCAGUCGGAAAGGAGGUACAGCUCCCAGGGGCAGGGGGACUUAGAGAGCUCGCUCCCACUGCUGGGCCUCAGCCGCACGAGUGAGGAACUCCUGCAGGCAGAGGUGACACGUCUUGAAGGCAGCUUGGAAUCUGUGAGUGCAACGUGUAAACAGCUGAGUCAAGAAUUAAUGCAAAAAUACGACGAAUUGAAGAAGAUGGAAGGAUGUAACAAUGAGUACAGAGCAGAGAUUAAAAAAUUGAAAGAACAGAUUUUACAAGCGGAACAGAGUUACAGUUCUGUCCUAGAAGGAAUGAAGGUUGAAAUCGCCCAGCUAACCCGGGAGCUGCAUCAGCGAGACAUCACGAUUGCUUCCACUAAAGGUUCUUCCCUAGACUUGGAGAUGCGGCUCAGAGUGGAGAUACAGAAGGCGGAGGAGAAAGCAGUGGAGCACAAGGAGAUUUUGAGUCAGCUGGAGGCGCUCAAGUUAGAAAACCAUCGUCUUUCGGAAACAGUCAUGAAAUUGGAAUUGGACUUGCAUGAGGCAAAAGGGAUUUCUCUAACAGAUCUCCAGGAGAAUUAUAUUGAGGCAUUAAAUAAAUUAGUGUCUGAAAAUCAACAACUGCAGAAAGAGUUGAUGGAUACCAAAUCUAAGCUGGAGGUCUCCACUCAGAUGAGUCCCCCCGAAAAGGACAGGAUUUUUAAUGUGGCUUGCGACAGAGCUCCUGGGUUCAAGAAUGCUGAGUUCAAGCCAGCCCAUGGCCAUCACAGACGGGAUGGAAUAAAGAUUGAGUUCUACAAAUCAGGCCUUCUGUCCUCUCCAAAAAGACACACACUGGAAAGCUUAGACUCUGUGUCCAGAGCCCUCAGCGCUCUGAGCCCUCGGAGCAGCCCUGACAGCUCCCUCAUUUCUGUACCUUCCAACUCUCUGUGUAAAUCUGAAUCUUCGCCUUCCAUGCCUGAGACUGUGUCUGAGAUGAUGCAUGACCAGGAAGAGUUUAUAUCUGUGUGUGCCUUGCCGGUGUCCCCCCUUGGAUCCAUAGCUACAAGAUUUUUAGAAGAGGAGGAAGUGAGGUCUCACCACAUUCUGGAACGCCUGGACGCUCACAUUGAAGAGCUGAAAAGAGAGAGUGAGAAGACAGUGAAACAGUUCACAGCUCUAAAGUAG